GUUGUGUGCCACUUUAGGCAGAAGUACACAACAAAGACAGGUACAGGAAUGUAACAUUGAUGUACUCUAUUAUUGUUCAUAAAUUCAUUCACAAAUACAUGCACAUUUUCGAGGUUAUUACUAAUCUUUUUUCGAACAGUGUCUUGGUCUCGCCUCAUUCCCAUCUCAAAAUCGCCCUACAUUUGCCGAUGAACUUACGCUCAUGGAUGCCAAACCUCCACCAAUUAACACCCGGACUGAACCGGACGCACUGGGGUCUCGGGAAGAGGAGAGGUCAACAGUUGGACACCCGCCGCAGUUCUGGCUCAUCAUUGUCGCUCUAAGUCUUCUUGUCUUUAUCUCAGCAGUGGAUGUGACAAUUAUCCCUCCAGCGUUGCCGAGAAUCGUUGAAGAAAUAGGUGGCUCUACGCAGUACGUUUGGAUUGCUAACUCCUUUGUAUUUGUUUCAUCCGUUCUACAACCUCUCAUCGGCCAGCUGUCUAACAUUUUCGGGCGCAAAUAUCCUAUUGUCGUGCCAAUCAUAUUGUUCAUCGUUGGUAGUGGUAGUGUAGGCGGUGCACAGAAUGCGGGCACUCUCAUCACUGGAAGAACAGUUUAGGGCGUUGGAGCUGGCAGUAAAUAUGUCUUGAUCGACAUGGGCAUUCUGGGCUGGUGUUGCUGCUGGUCUUGGACCGGUCAUUGAUGGUCUUCUAGCCCAAAACAACAACUGGCGUUGGAUUUUCUACCUUAACAUCCCGAUCUCUGUACUCCCUUUGAUCACUAUUAUUGCUUUCAUGAAGGUCAAGACUGGCGACAGUAUCACUUAUAGGGUGAAGAGACUAGAUUAUUUAGGGAACUUCAUAUUCAUCCCAAGCUUAUCUCGCUGCUCUUUGGACUGGUUACAGGGGGCAUUGAACAUCCUUGGUCCUCAUGGCAUGUUAUUGUUCCCCUGGUCCUGGGUGUCGCGGGAUGGGUGGGCUUUCACUCGAACUUAGCAAAGAGUUAAAGACGGAGUAUGGCUUGAGUGAUAAUGUAUCGGUGCAAACGGGGAAGACGAGGGAAAUGGAAGGCCAAUAUAGAACUUGAUUGGAGAUUGGGUCUGUCUUUAGCUAGAAGAGCUUGCAAUAUUGGCUCACAUUUGCCAAAUUGCGACCACUCAGUCUCUAUAGCGCUCUUGAUAGAGCCGUAAUUGAUACAGUGUGCUUUAA